GAGCCGUCUACAGGGAUGUCAUGCAGGAGAACUAUGAGACGGUGGUCUUGCUGGGGUUUCCAAUUUCCAAACCUGAUGUGAUCUUGCAGCUGGAACGAGGGGAAGAGCCGUGGGUCCCAGACCGCCAUGGCUCUGAGAAAAAAGUGCUCCCAAGAGCUGCCUGCACAGAGAAUGACCUAUGCGGGAAAAACUCCUAUGAGGACUCAAACCUUAUCACACAUCAGAGAAUCCACACAGGAGAGCUGCCCUACACAUGCGCCGAGUGUGGGAAAAACUUCAGUUGGCGCUCAAACCUUAUCAGACAUCAGAGAAUCCACACAGGAGAGCCACCCUGCACAUGCAGUGAGUGUGGGAACAGCUUCAGUUGGCGCUCAGACCUUAUUAGACAUCAGAGAAUCCACACGGGAGAGAAACCGUACACAUGCUCCGAGUGCGGGAAAAGCUUCAGUCGCAGCUCACACCUUAUCAGACAUCAGAGAAUCCACACUGGGGAGACACCCUACACGUGCUCUGAGUGCGGGAAAAGCUUCUAUGAGCGCUCGGACCUUAUCACACAUUGUAAAAGCCACACAGGAGAGAUGCCCUACACGUGCUCCGAGUGUGGGAAAAGCUUCAGUCGGCGCUCAAACCUUAUCACACAUCAGAGAAUCCACACAGGAGAGACGCCCUACACAUGCUUCGAGUGUGGGAAAAACUUCAGUCAGCGCUCAAACUUUAACACGCAUCAGAGAAUCCACACAGGAGAGAAGCCCUACACAUGCUCCAAAUGUGGUAAAAACUUCAGUCAGCGCUCAAACCUUAUCACACAUCAGAAAAUCCACACGGGAGAGAAGCCCUACACAUGCUCCGAGUGUGGGAAAAGCUUCAGCAGGGAGAAGACGUUGCAAAGGCAUCAGAGAAUCCACAUAGAGGAGAAGCCCUAUGAAUGCAGUGAGUGUGGGAAAACCUUCAAUCGCAGCUCGCACCUUAUUAAUCAUCAUAGAAUCCACACAGGGGAGAGGCCUUAUGAAUGCAGUGAGUGUGGGAAAACCUUCAAUCACAGCUCGCACUUUAUUACUCAUCAAAGAAUCCACACAGGGGAGAGGCCUUAUGAAUGCAGUGAGUGUGGGAAAACUUUCAAUCGCAGCUCGCACCUUAAUAGUCAUCAGAGAAUCCACACAGAGGAAAGGCCCUAUGAAUGUAGUGAAUGUGGGAAAAACUUCACUAACAGCUCAAACCUUAGUAGGCAUAAGAGAAUCCACACCAGGAAGAGGGCCUAUGAAUGCUGUGAGUGUGGGAAAAGGUUCACUUGCAGAUCAGGACUUUCUGAGCAUCACAGAAUCCACACUGGGGAGAGGCCCUAUGAAUGCAGUGAGUGUGGGAAAAACUUCACGCACAGAUCAGCCCUUUCUAAACAUCAGAGAAUCCAUAGAGGGGAGAGGCCCUAUGAAUGCAGUGACUGUGGGAAAAGCUUCAAUUACAGCUCGCACCUUAUUGGGCAUCAGAGAAUCCACACAGGGGAGAGGCCCUAUGAAUGCAGUGAGUGUGGGAAAAACUUCAUUCACAGAUCUCACCUUAUUAUGCAUCAGAGAAUCCACACAGGGGAGAGGCCCUAUCAAUGCAGUGAUUGUGGGAAAAGUUUCACUAGCAGCUCAGACCUUUCUAAACAUCAGAGAAUCCACACAGGGGAGAGGCCCUAUCAAUGCAGUGAGUGUGGGAAGACCUUCACUAACAGCUCAGCCCUUUCUAACCAUCAGAGAAUCCACACAGGGCAGAGGCCCUAUGAAUGCAAUGAGUGUGGGAAAACCUUCACUAACAGCUCAGCCCUUUCUAACCAUCAGAGAAUCCACACAGGGGAGCGGCCCUAUGAAUGCCACGAGUGUGGGAAAACCUUUAAUCAAAGCUCGCACCUUAUUCGGCAUCAGAGAAUCCACAGAGGGGAGAGGCCCUACGAAUGCACUGAGUGUGGAAAAACCUUCACUCACAGUUCACGCCUUUCUGUUCAUCAGAAAAUCCACACAGGGGAGAGGCCCUAUGAAUGCCAUGAGUGUGGGAAAAGCUUCACUCACAGCUGGCACCUUAUUAGUCAUCAAAGAAUCCACACAGGAGAGAGGCCCUAUGAAUGCAGUGAGUGUGGGAAAAACUUCAGUCGCAACUGGCACCUUAUUAGUCAUCAAACAAUCCACACAGGAGAGAGGCCCUAUGAAUGCAGCGAGUGUGGGAAAAAAUUCAUUUACAGAUCAGCCCUUUCUCUUCAUCAAAGAAUCCACACAGGGGAAAGACCCUAUGAAUGCAGUGAGUGUGGAAAAACCUUCAAUCGCAGCUCGCACCUUAUUAGUCAUCAAACAAUCCACAGAGGAGAGAAGCCCUAUGAAUGCAGUGAGUGUGGGAAAAACUUCACGGACAGAUCAACCUUUUGUAGACAUCAGAGAAUCCACACAGGGGAAAGACCCUACCAAUGCAGUGAGUGUGGGAAAAGCUUCACUAGCAGCUCAGACCUUUCUAAACAUCAGAGAAUCCACACAGGGGAGAGGCCCUAUAAAUGCAGUGAGUGUGGGAAAAGCUUCACUAGCAGCUCAGACCUUUCUAAACAUCAGAGAAUCCACACAGGGGAGAGGCCCUAUAAAUGCAGUGAGUGUGGAAAAUCUUUCACUAAGAGUUCAGCCCUUUCUGAACAUCAGAGAAUCCACCCGGGAGAGAGACCCUACAUGUGCUCUGAGUGCGGGAAAUGCUUCCAUCGGAGCUCGCACCUUAUCUCGCAUCAGACAAUCCACACGGGUGAGAAACCUUACGGAUGCUCUGUGUGUGGGAAACGCUUCAAUCGGAGCUCAUAUCUUAUCACUCAUCGUAGAAUCCACACGGGAGAGACGCCAUACACAUGCUCUGAGUGUGGGAAAAGCUUUAAUCGGCACUCACAGCUUAUCACACAUUGUAGAAUCCACACAGGAGAGAAACCCUACACAUGCUCCGAGUGCGGGAAAUGCUUCAGUCGGAGAUCAGCCCUUAUCACACAUCGUAGAAUCCACACAGGAGAGAUGCCCUACACAUGCUCUGAGUGUGGGAAAAGCUUCAAUCAGAGUUCAAACCUUAUCUCACAUCGUAGAAUCCACACAGGAGAGAAACCCUACAGGUGCUCCGAGUGCGGGAAAAGCUUCAAACAGAGCUCUAGCCUGAGCAGACAUCAGAGAAUCCACAUAGGAGAGAGACCCUACACGUGCUCUGAGUGCGGGAAAACCUUCAUUGAGCGCUCAGACCUUUCUUUGCAUCAGCAACUCCACACAGGAGAGAGUCCCUAUGAAUGCAGUGAGUGUGGGAAAAACUUCACUCGCAGAUCACACCUCAUUAAUCAUCAGAGAAUCCACACAGGAGAGCGACCUUAUAAAUGCAGUGAGUGUGGGAAAACCUUCAAUCACGGCUCACACCUUACUAAUCAUCAGAAAAUCCACAUAGGGGAGAGACCCUAUGAAUGCAGUGAGUGUGGGAAAAGCUUCACUCAGAGAUCACACCUUACUAGGCAUCAGACAAUCCACACAGGGGAGAGGCCCUAUGAAUGCAGUGAGUGUGGGAAAAGCUUCAAUCACAGCUCAGCCCUUUCUGAACAUCAGAGAAUCCACACAGGGGAGAGGGCCUAUGAAUGCAGUGAGUGUGGGAAAAACUUUACUCAAAGAUCAGGCCUCUUUCUCCAUCAAAGCAUCCACACAGGGGAGAGACCCUAUGAAUGCUGUGAGUGUGGGCAAACCUUCAGUCGCAGUUCACACCUUAGUAAUCAUCAGACAGUCCAUACAGGAGAGAGGCCCUAUGAAUGCCGGGAGUGUGGGAAAAGCUUCACUACCAGCUCAGCCCUUUCUGAACAUCUGAGAAUCCACACAGGGGAGAGGCCCUAUGAAUGCCAUGAGUGUGGGAAAAGUUUCACAGUCAGCUCAGCCCUUUCUGAACAUCAGAGAAUCCACACAGGGGAGAAGCCCUAUGAAUGCAAUGAGUGUGGGAAAACCUUCGGUCGCAGCUCGUGCCUUUUUCAACAUCAGAGAAUCCACACAGGUGAGAGGCCCUAUAAAUGCAUUGAGUGUGAGAAACGCUUCACUACCAGCUCAGCCCUUUCUAAACAUCAGAGAAUCCACACUGGUGUGAGAUCCUACAAGUGCACUGAGUGUGGGAAAACCUUCAAUCAGAGAUCAAACCUUAUUAAGCAUCAGAGAAUCCACACAGGAGAGGCCCUAUGAAUGCAGUGAGUGUGGGAAUACCUUCUGUUGGCACUCAGCCCGUGUUAACCAUCAGAGACUCUGCAAGGGAGAUCAACACCACAAAAACCUCUAGGGCUUAUCCAUACUUUUUUCUUUAAUACUUUUCCUGAUUCCCACAUACUAACUUUUAAAGCUGUUUGAACUGUUUGCUGCACUGUUAUCCCUCAGCUUGUCCAGAUGAGUGACCGAUUUUUGCCUUUUGCCAUUCACCCUGUUUUGAAGUUGAUCUAUUUGUCGUUUCUAUAAUCUCCAUUGUCCCAUGACUAUUUCAAGUGUGCCCUUCCUAUCCGGAACGAGGGAGCAUCACAUUUAUACCAUUCCUUCUAUUGCAAAGUUAUUGUUAAAGUCAACAAUGAUACAGAUCGUAUUAUUUCCAGUUGAUCUCAUGUUGCUCUGGCUUGUGCUGAAGAGCAGUUAUAUUGGGAACUUUUCAAAUUAUGUUUAAAUGAAGAGGAGCAGGGGCAGGGGGAAAAGGGGUCAUUUCAGCCUUUGACACUGGAAGGGGAUGGGAUGACUCAGAGAUUUCCUCCUUCCCUAUCACUACAGAACUGUUACCUUUUUUCUGAGCCAUGCAGAGUUUAUCUUCAUCACAUUCUACCCAUCCACUUCUCAAAGUGUCCUGUGAGGAACAGUUCUCAGCUGUCUGGAGAUGAUACUUUCACUUCUUUAAUCCUAAAUCAGAGUAAUUGUGACUGGCGAUAAAAGUGUCAAAGACCUGGAAGGGGAAUUCAAAUGGAUUCCAAACACAGUGUGAUCAUUUGGAGUUAAAAUUGCAGGUUCCAUCUGUUGGUAAAGCCACUUCUGGCAAGGUGUCUGUCUCUUCCCCCCCCCCCCACCCCCACCCAAUUAUUUGGAUGCUAGGAUAGUAAAAAUGUUGUAAAUAACAUAACUGACUAUUGAGACAGUGCUGAGUGAAGUAUGUUUGAAUGAAUCAGAGGAGAAUGUGAUGGGAGAAUCUCUUGUCCCGAUUCUGAAUAAUCAGAUGUAACCUGCUCUGGAAUUUGACUUGACACUUUCGUUGUCAUGUAUUCUAUCUCUCCUGAAGGCUGUUUCAUCACCCAAUUGGAUAUUAGUUCAGUUUGAUCGAUGUAGGUCAGAUUUAUUGGAGAAUUUAAGACAAAUGACCAUUUACUAAACUCAUCAUUUUUCACUUCAGUUUUGCUUUUCCCCCAUCCCUCCAUGAUGACGUGGGGAAAGUUCAAGUGCAGUUCUGUCAACAGGAGCGAACCCUGCAAUUUACUGCACAUGCUAACAAAGAAACAGCAGUGAUUUUAAAUCUCCACUCAGAAAAGGUGAACAACAGCAGCACCCCAGCUAGUUGGAGGAAGUGCAUAUGAUCAUCUGUAGUUCAGUUGUUGAAGACAAUAUUGUCUCAGAUGAUCUGGGGAGAGAAUUCCACAUUAGGUGAUUUUGAAGUAGGUAAAAUGCACAUGUAUUUGGUUCCUAAAGCAUUUGUAACCCAGGCCCUACAGAAGAUUUCUCCUAACUUACCCUCUAUUAUGGGAGAUGCUGCCCUUCAUGACACAGAUGUUGAGGAAAUAGAAGUGGGGGUUUAGUUGAAUUUAUCCUGUGUAGGUGCUAAAAAUGUGUAUAAAAUGAAAUCAGUGUUGUAAGUCUAAUAGUUGCAGAAAAAUAGCUAUUUUCUAAUAGAAUCUCCAGGUCUGGUAAGUAACAGAUUCUAAUCUAGCCCUGUAUUCAGUCCCUUGCCUGGACCUGUGUCACCAAAUUAAAGAAAAGCUGGGCAUGUUUUGGGAAGCCAUUCUUUUUUAACACUGCUGAUAUUGUUGAAUGGUUUUGUAAAAUAUUCUACUGCAGAGAACUGUAAAUUUACCCUAACCAAGGCCACGGAUUUGGAAAGAAUUGGAGUUGAAAGAGAACUCACUCAGUUCUUUGUUUCCACCCCAAUAAAGGAAGAUAUGAUGACCAAUGACUCAAUACCUAGAAAAGGUGCUGGCCUUUCUAUUAUCGCAGGGUGUGACUGUGUAGCUCAGUGCAUCUGUGACAAAAGCUCAUUGGUGCCAAUUGGCAAAGGGGUAACUUAUUCACAAGCAACUCCUGUCUCAGAUCUUUCAGACUUGCCACACCUAAUACUGAUUUUAUGAUAUUUAUUCAGGAAGCAUAGCAGUGAGACCUCUGCUGAAAAAAACUUGUAAAUUAUUGAUACUCCUAAUCACUGUGAGAGGUGUGUAUGAGUCAUAUUGAUAGAGUAAUGUAAGUACAUGGUAAAAUAUGCCCAUAUGGUAUCAUAAUGAAAGUGAGUCACCCCAAUCAUUGGUCUUGGUGGGGGCGUCCCAUUCAUGUGGGAGGGAAUUGUCACAUGUCCCUUGCUAGCCAGUUGUGCGAUAUGUUGCUCAAUUGUCAACCUUUGCACCAACCCAGAAAAGCCAAUGGAAAACUAUCAAAGACAAACUUGCAACAUUGAAAUCCCGUGGAAGUGAAAAGGACAAUAUGACAAUGAGUAGAUCGUCCUUUUUGUGAAUAAAGACAAAAGACUGAUUCUGUUUAUAAGAGGGUGGAGAAAAACACUCUGGGUCCAUUCAUCAAGGAGAUCCCUAAUGACCAGUGGUGCUUCAUGAAAGGCAGGGCCCCGGCUCCUAGGGACUAGCCACCACUGCAAUAGACUGAAGUGUGAGGUGAGAAUCUACUUAGAUAGGAAAGGUAACCACUAAAAAGUGUAGGUUGUGUUUUGUGAUUUUGUUCUGUUUAAAUCUCUGUCCCUUGUUAAAUGUCCAUUUGUUUGAUAACUACU